AUGCUACCACACUCGUUGGAUGAAGACCAAAAAUCCGAAGAGACUUUUACCCAUCAACUUACCCACGUUUUGACCUCAGAGGAAUGCAAUUCUUCAUGGGAUAAAAUACAGAAUACUGCAAGAAGGACAAUGCUCAUCACAAGUCCUCAACGCUCAAACCCUCGGUUUCGAACCUUUCUUUUAAUCAGCUUACUUGUAUCGCAAUCAUUUGGUGUUAUCGGUUUCUUCACUUCAGUGUUUAUAUCAUUGGGGCCAUACGUUUCCUCUGGUCAUGACCGCGGCUACCAAGCUAUGCUGGGAUAUCUGGUGAUCUUUACCAUUGCAACCGUUUUCGAAGUUUACAUCGCUAUCGACUCCCUUCUUAGCCAAAACGCGCCUCAAUUGUUUGCGCUCUGUUUAUUUGAAGGCUCCAUGACUGGUUUUGGUGCAAUGCUCCCACAUCAAAUUCAUAAAGCCCUUAAAGCCGAUGAAAAAUUCAACAGCAUCCCACCCGCUCUGAUGAAGUCCAUUGACUGGCGAUUAUACUCGGUCCCGGCAAUUAUCGGCGUGACUACUCUGAUUAUGACAUGGCUUACAUGGCACUUUUCUCAAGAGUUUGGCUGGCACGCUUUCAAGAAACUGGGAGCCAACAUCGCACUGAGAAGAGCGAUGAGAGUCAAAUCGAUUUUCUACAUGUUACAAAAGUUCAAUUUCUUCUUUUUGAUAGGAUUUUGUGUCUUGAUCGUUCAGAUGAGAAAGCAGAGUCAACAGAGUCUAGAGACACUGGACGUCAUCUUACCUUCCUUAGCGUUAGUCGCUACCUGUCUUGUUCAACUUUUUGCAAGUAUUGCGGUCGAACUGGAACUACGUUUUUUCAUCUUCCUGUACGGAAUGUUUUGGUCUGCGGCCAUGCUAUUCAUGGGAUAUGAAAUUAUCGAGAUCCAUCCGCUAUCGGAAGCUACCGAUUCUCAACAUUCAUUAAUAUUAUUUUCGUCAUUGACGAUUUUGCUGUUGUUCUCGACGGGAAUUAUGUCGAUAUUUUGCUUUAUGAAUUUCAACAAAGGGCUCAAAGGGGCAGAAGAUUCAUACAUUGUAGGGCUUUUUCACAAAAAAGCAAGUUUCCAAACUAGUGCUCCACACUCGAUUGAAUCAAGGUACAAGCUCGAGCUACGGGCCGUUCUAGAUUAA